UUAGCGACGGUCACACCGGUGAUGGCGUCUUUAAAAUUUGUUAAAAUUAUCAGCAAUUUUGCUGAAUGAAAACGCCAAUUUCGAGGGUGCAUCCGCUUCAAAGGUGCAAGAACUGAGUGAUUGUCCCGUGCCAGGAAUUGUCCGGGUAACCAUUGCCCGUUAGCUUGUCCAUAAAGCAGCUAAAUCGGCAAAUAAACCGUGUGGCAAACGUGCGUUCUUUCGGUUUUCGUUUCUGUGCGAAAAUCGCAACGAGCGGCAUUCCUCGAUCAUGGACAUAUUUGACAUGGUAAAAGCGGCGCCGCCGCCCCAAACGAUUACUCCGGUGGACAGAAAGGUGUCCACUCCGUCGCCAAUCCCUCCGGACUCGCCGCUGGACUCAAUAGACCUCCUGCAGAGUGAGCAUCUGUCAAACGAGGAUGACUUUGACAGGAAGACGGAGCUCGACGAGUCGCCUUUUCAAAUACCCAGGCGGAAGUCUAAUGACACAAGUCAAAAGCCAGACGAAUCACCGCUUGAAAUUCCCAAAGUGCUAGAGAAACUUGAGGGAAACGAAAAACCGCAGGAAAACGCAGAGGACUUAAACAGAAUCAAUGAGGAGUUCGAAAACACCACAAAAAAGGCUAGAGAAAGCGUUGAGUUGCACAAGCUCGUCUCCAAACCGAACACAAAUAAGAAGGAAUCCGCAUCCCAACCCCUCAAGCCGCAUAAGAAAAGACGAGCUGAGCCUCUGGAGGGCGGGGAGAACUCCGACAACUCAGAGGAGGACCAAAAGCGGAUGACUAUGCUCACCAAGACCAAGGCCCAGCAGAAAAUGUUUAGCGAUCAGCCGCUGGCCAAGUUCAACAAGGAGUGCGUGGUGCGAGUGCGUCGCUUGACCCGGCAGGAAAUCGAUUCGGCUUUCAAGUCCGUGGCCAACUCGUCCUUCGCCCAUGUGACCGACUCAUCACGGAAUGGGGGCGGUCGGGGGCGUGGCAAGCCGAAAAAGAAGACACCAUUACCUCCCAAGAAGCAGAAGUCGCCGAACAAAACCAAUUUCCACAUCAAAGUUCCUCUACAGAACGGCGCCAAGAAGCGGUCGCUGCAGCACUUGGCACGCACCCACACACCGCCGCCCAGUUUGGCCAGAAGGGCGGCAGCGAAACCACAGGCCAAAACGCUGCCCAAGGCCAAGUCGAGUCCCAAGUCAACGAACAGGCCGAUUCGGGGACGCCACGCCAACCAGGCUCUGAUCCAGCGCUUUGGCGCCCGUUUCUUCGGCUGUGUGGUGAAGAUUAAGCGAACGCCCUGGCCCCACAAGUGGCCGGAGUGCAGUCCCCGUCCCAUUGGCGGGACCAGGAAGGGCCGCUCCCGGAAGCCCAACCUGUCGGUGUCCUUCAGCGAGGCCGUCGAGAUCCUGGGCAGCAACGAGGGCGGCUCGCGGCGGGCCACAUUCGGCUCGAUUUCGAUGUCGUCGAAGGCGUCGCCCAAGCCGACGCGUUUGCAGCGGGUGGAUGCCACGGGCAAUGUGCUGGAGGACAUAUCUCUCACCUCCACGCCGCUCCCACUGCCGCCCUCCGCCCGUCCGUCGUCGUCCUCUGGCGGCUCUCGGAGCAAGAGCAAGCGCCGCUCCUGCAACGGCUCGCCGAUUGGCGGACGGCUCAAGCGACCCCACCAGCGCCUGCCGCUCUCCAGCUUGGCCAGCCUCCGUCUGGACGACAGUCCCAAGGCUGACGAGAAUGAGGACGAUGACGAGGAGUACAUAGUGCCCAACGAACUGCCCGGCACCCAGAGACCUGGAUCACCGCCUCCCAAGAGAAAGAAGAUAUCGUUCACCACGACCAUCAGCGACGAUGAGGACGAGAAGCCGUCGCUUAAAGACAAAAAGGACUCUGUUAAGAAGUAUCUUAAGCCGCUUAAGGAAAGCACCAGCAAAAAAUCUGAGAAACCGCUGAAGGAUAAAGAGAGGUUCGACAAAUCUGCCAAGGAAAAGGACAGGACCGACAAAUUGCCCAAGGAAAAGGAGAGAAGACUUGCGAAGACGAAUGAGAUUGUAGAGGAACAACUUACUUUAUCAACAGCUGAAAUUAAAACCCCCGACAAGGAGGAAGCUCAGAUAACCCAAGUGAAAAGAGGCGAAAUCGAAACAGAAACACCUGAAACGAACGAAGUAGAAAGGGAUGGAGAAUCCCGAGAGAAACCUUUAGAUGCUGCAGUGAUAAAUCAGAGUGAAAGCGACGAAGGUAACCCGGAGGAAGUUGUUAAAGAGAAACCGGAGGAAAUAUCAGAAGACAAGGCGGAGGAAAUUACAGAAGACAAGUUAGAGGCAACAGCAGAAAACAAUUCAGAGAAAAUAGCAGAUGACAAGACAGAGAAAUUCUCUGACCAUGCUAAAGAAGAAGGUGCUCAGGAGAACAGCGAGAAAAUCAUGGAUGAAAAUGAGGAGAAACCCACGGACACACCCAAUGACUCUCCACAACCAACAACAGAUCAGGAAAGGAUCCAGGAAGUAGAAGAGGAAGUCGAGCAGCCUGAGGAGUUUAGGGAUUUGGAAACCCCGCUGCCGCUGCCGCUACCGCUCCCGUCCACCACUGAGGAGAACCAGGAUGACGUUUUGGAGAUCCAGACGUCCCUGGACGACGUCCGUCAGUUGCACACACCCUCAUCCCGCCAGAGUACGCCCAAGCAGCGCAGCCGCCUCGAAUCCGCUGACUCCGACUGCAGCUUCAAGUCCGCCAGCGAUCAUGCUAAACAGCCAGCUGGUAAACCAGCGGAAGAGGCUGACGAGGAGGAAGAACGACCAGCGCAAAUGGAAGUCGAAGCCGAAGCCGAAGAGGAGCACCCAGUGGUCUCCAUGGAAGUCGACAGGCUCGUUCCCGCCGAACUUCCCGCUGAGCUGAUGACCCCGCCCUCGCCAACCAGGACAGUGAAUGGCGGCGAUCCCGCCAGCGGAUCAAGCAUCUCGGCGCCAUACUACUCGCCCAUCGAGGCCAUGCCCACUUUGGACGACGAGGUCCUUGGCCAGCUAGUCGAACCCGACUUCCAGCUGACCUCCAGCCGACAUGCCAUCUCAAGGGGCACGCUGGACGACAUAAUGACUGCGUUAGAAUCCUAGGAAGCUGGCCAACUUUGCACCACGCACUCACAGAUACACAAGUCACCCACACCGAAGCAUUCACACACAUAGACACCCAUACAGAUGCAACCAGAGAGUGGAUAUGCAACUGAUUGAGUUUGUACUUAGUCAGGAUCUCCGAUUCCCGCCCUUCGAUCAUGAAAUAUUCGUAUCUUACUUUAAAACAAUUAAUCAUUUUUUUAGUGAAGAACAUGAACAUUUUGCACUUAAAUAAGUUGCUGAUCUAGUCAGCUUUUGGGGCACAAUCCAACACAACUCCCUCACUUAAUUUGCAGUUUUGCGCAAAACUGUGGACGUAAAUAAAUUUGUAAGGACGGACAUUCAGAGGAGAACUGAACAUUUGUUUCUAACGUUUAAGUUGCUUAAACAGUUCGUUACGUUAGUUAUACGCAAAAGAAAUACGUAUUGUUUGAUUUUUAAAAAUCCCAUUUUUUUUGAAAACGUAGAUAUUAAAAAAAAUGCUUUCGCGCACCUAUAAUAUACUUAAAAACUUAAGUAUCGAUCAUCUUAAAUUAGUUGUAAAUUCAAUGUAUUAAUUAAAAAAUUAUGUAUGUAUGUAUAAAGACAA